AUUAUUUUCAGAUUUCCUUUCAUUUAAAGGUAAUUUUGCACGUGGCCAAAAUAACUCAAAAUAUAGUAAAUGAAGCUCCUUUUAGUUAUAUCAGAAGACCCUAUUUGCUUCUUAAGUUCGUAAGGAAAGCUUGCACCUGGCUAUGGAGCAGUUCUUUUUACAAUCGUUAGCGGUUAAAUAUCCAGGCAAAUUGUCGACUAAUUUUUGCGGUUGAUGGGCCAUUUGCGUGUGUGUGUUCUGUACAUGUAACUGUCUUUCCUAGGGGCAAACACUAUUUAAAUAUAAGCGUUGCAAAUGAUCCUUCACGGUUUCAUUAACCAUGGAUCUCGCGAGAAUUUUACCGGUCUCGCAGUCUCGUGUUUUAAGUGAUUAUGUGCAAGGCCGAGAAAGUCUCGAAACGCCGAUUUGUUUGUUUGUCUUUUUUUUUUUUUUUAUAAAUGAAUCUGAACGUCUUGAACUCGCAAUUGGAGAAGUCGGACUCGCAUAGAAAAACGCUAAUCCCGUCUUCUUUUGCCAUUCCCACGCUUAGAUAUGCAAUAUUACAGACCUUAGCUUUCACUUAACACUUAUCACUCAGAAUUUUUUUUUAAUAUUUUAGGGGGUCCACACGGCUUACGUGAAGUUCUCUUCCAAGAGUUCCUGACUGUACACGCAAGUUCAUUUAUUACAGUGCGUAGGUUACAAGAUUUACGAUGAGCCCAACACAAGCAAUUGUCAUUUUACUUGUGUUGACCAGAGUGGCCACUGUAAACACGAAAAAACUGACGUGCUCGAUUACAAGGACGUUUAUUGCCACUGAAGAUCACGUUCUCUCAGGACAUACACUCUCGACCCACCAAGUGUACUCCCUCCCAGAAUGCCAUACGUUGUGUUUGGAUCAUCCAAGAUGUUUAUCGUACAAUUUUCAAGCGACUUCAAUUUCGUCGAGGAACUUUUGUGAGAUCAAUGACGCUACAGGCAAAAUGUGUCCUCAAGACUUGGUCAGAAGCACCGGUUACAAAUACUACGAGGAUAAGGAUGCAACUUGUGGAAGGCAGUGUCCUCCGCGAGCAGAUGGCGACGGAAAAAAUUUCCAACUUUAUUUCCCAAACAAAUCCGUCACCGAUUACGUCAGAUUUGAUCUGCUGCGUUGUGCGCCACCGCUGACCGCUUUCACUGUUUGCCUUUGGUUGAAAACCGCAGAUACAGCUGAUGAUGGUGCCAGCUUUAGUUACUCACUUCCAGGGCAAGAUAACGAGAUUUUACUGACCGACUACACCAGUCUCAGAUUCCUAAUUGCUAAUACAUACAGUGAGAUGGGAUUGGCUGUAAAUGAUGACUAUUGGUACCACAUCUGCACAACAUGGGAGAAUACCGCUGGCUCGUGGAACUUUUACGUUGAUGGCGAACUUUGGGAAAAUGGCGUUGGUUUGGAAACAGGACAUGUGAUCGACAACAACGGCAUUUUCAUUCUUGGCCAGGAUCAAGACAGUUAUGGGAGUGGCUUCGAACAGUCCCAGAGCUUUUUUGGCCAAAUGUAUGGUGUAAACAUGUGGAAUAGAGUUCUGACGAAGGAGGAGAUUUCGCACAUGUCGACAAAUUGUUCUUAUGGGGUGGGCAACUAUCUGAGGUGGAGUGAUUUCGUGACUGGCUUACAUGGAGGUGUUACCGUGACAUCUCCAGCUACCUGUUUGCCAUGAGCUGAGUAUGCACAUGUUAGAUGAAAAACUGACAACUUUUCACCAUCCAUGUUAAAUUUGUAUUUUGCUGCACAAAAUCGUUUUGUAAAGAUUUUAAUGCCCACACACGGAUUUUGCACAUUCGUUUAAGAGCUAUUGGUUAUUGGAGUCUGGAGGCGAACAAGUUAUGACAAAUUAUACUUCUAUCUACUCAGCUUGUUUAGCUUUCUUACUGUUCUGAGUGGUUUAACUUAAUUGUUUUUAUGCUGUGUUUUUUUUCUUUUCUUGUAAAUCUGGCGAAAUAAAAUGGUUGGUUGGUUGUUCUUGUUGUUAUUGUGACUGUUUUUGACAACUUAAAAGAAAAAUCGCCAAGAAAAUUGUCAAAAUUUGUUCAAAUACCUGGCAGCGCUUCAGAUAUUUAGCUAGUAUGUCAUAAAUUUUCUUAUUUGGUCUUCAAAUUAUGCGCCCAUAUACAAACCGGUAAUAAGUCAUUUAAUAUACAAUCCACGGCUAACAAACUAUGUCAAUGCAGCUACUUCGUUAUGCGCUAACAUUACACACAGGGCCGGAUUUUAGCGGCCGGCUUGUGGCUGGAGUAAUGCUUUUCUUGUUUUAUGAAGUAAGCACAAAGUAAUAAUAUUUAUAGUAGAAAUAAAGUCGUGUAUGCAUUUCAUUUUCUUUGUGUCUUCUAAUUUUGCUUGUAAGCUACUCGAGAUACACCUGUAAGUCAAGGCCGACUAAUUAACGUAUUGUUGCUUACUCCUUUAGAAUUUUAUAAACGCUAGAACACAGGGAUAGGUCUAUGAGCCCCUAACCCACCUCCCCUAAAAGAAAAGAAAAAGAAAACUUAAAGGUCGUAGUUGAUUGUUGUGAACAUGGUUAAAGUGUACAUGACAGGUAUUUUGUUGUUUUUUUUUUUAAUUUGCUUGAUGAAAUCUAAGUGAAUGAUAUAAUAAUAUGGAAAUCGAAAGAAAAAAUGGACAUGUUUUUUUUUUUUUUUUGUCAUUGCGUUUUGGGCAUGAAAUUUAACUUCCGGGUGAGUCAAAAACCACGAGGGGUUAGGACCUAGGGGACCAGUCUCUGACGUCAAAACAGGAACGUACGCCUACAUAUCUUUCGCAAACGAUUAAAAUUUUGAACCAAACUUGGAGUUAAGCCUCAUAGUAUAAUUUAAUUAUUUUUUUCGUUUCUAUUUGUUUGAUUCGCAAAAUAUGUCAAUGAAAACUAGAAAUAUAGAAUAAUCUUUGGCAACAACUAACCUUAGAUCUAUCCAAGUUUAUCUAGGGGAGGUAGAAGCCAAGGUGACAAGAACGACACGAACAAAUACACGGAAGAGGCGUUCGAGAAUUAAGUGUUCCACAUACGUGAGUUAACUUUGACCUGCUAAAACUAAGCUUCUAAAUAUUUGGCUCCACAAAGAAAGACGUCUGAGCUGACUUUCAGACCAAAAGGGAUUCUGACCCACUUGUAUGUUCCCCAAGGUGUAUUGAAGGUUGUCAAUAUAGUGAGCUCCCAGAGUCCGGUUUCAACAGCCUAUAG